AUAGACAAGGUGUUUGUAGUUUAUGACCUGGUAACAUUCAUGAAGCUAUUUGUGCUUUGUCAUGGAUAGGAUCAAUGACUUUAUGACACUUUUAUUUGAUACUUAGACCGGAAUGCAAUUGAUCGUCUCUUUAUUUCAUUAACACCAUCACCAUGGAUACAACUAGAAGACUAUAGCAAAACCACUUGGAACGCUUUCGCAGCCGGAUAGUUCUGAGGAUUGCACGAAGACCAGUGGCGCACGGCUCAUUUCGCCCAGCUUUGAAGGAGGUGCGAUAGACAGGAGUUUGGUGGGCGCAUUCUUCUCAGACCCCUAACCUUUGCGACGCUCUGUUGAUCUGUCUAACAAGUAUUGAUUUCAAAAAUCAAUAAAACAAAAUUAGACAGGGACAGUGAACGGAUUAUAGCUGUAAAGUAAACAUAACGCGUUGCCGUUGUGAUACCUAAUCUCCUAAUCUCGUAACUGGUUAUUACCAUAUACCGGGAUGGUAUGAGGAUAAAAUUAAACUAAAGACCAGUGGCACACGGCUCAUUUAUUUUCAUUGACUACCUCAGCAGGUCAGAGAAAACGAAUCUGGCGCAACUAUUCACCAUUACAUCCAGUAAUUUCAUGAAACAUUGUGCAACUGGAGAUCCUGAGGCCUGGACAUUCUGAUCAUUUUCAUAAGAACGAGGCACAUAACUCUUAAGACGGAGGCUCAUGGAGAUAUUGAACGCAGGAAAAUACAUCACAUAUAGUACAGAAUUCCCAUAGCUCUGUAGGUAACUGCACUGUUGGUUGAUUUCAAGAGAACUACUGCCAAUCUACAUUACGUCUUUGCUAAACAGAUUCUCUUAUCUUGGCCGGAUUUAUUCACCGUCCCCUUCCGCUGGAGACAGACCGCGCUAUUGUGAGGCGUAAGAUUUUCCCACGACGAGUCCAGUCGGGUUGCGAGUGACCCCUCGGGAACUGAGAUUUGAGUUUCCAUCCGACUUCGAGGAAUGCACACGGGCCUGGAGAAAACCUAACGUAUUAAUAGAUACUUUGAGAAGGAAUCUGUGAGGAAUAUCGGGUCUUUCUACUUGCUUCUUGGUAGAUAACAUAUUCACAUCUUCAUUAGAUAGGCACUGUGUGGAGGGAUUGAAAGGCGUCAUUAAUCACUGUUUUCCACCAUGACAACUCGUUAAAAUGAUAUUGUAUAAUUUUUAUCUUUAUUCAUCAACCGCCAUAAGCCUUGUGAAGUUCACAAUGGAUAAAGCGUGAAUUAAAUUGAAAAGACGUCUUUAAUCGACCUCGCGUCUGAUUAAUAUAUUUCGGAUUGUGGAUGAUUAAUCGUAGUGAUUAUAUUUCAGUUCACAAAUCCAAAAAUAUUGUGUUACUAAUAAAUCAACGUAUUUUCAGUAUCAUCUUUAUACAUAAUCAUGGAUGGGAUCACGGUUGGAGUAGUGCCCACUGCUGUUACAGAGGUGAACGUCUAUCAAACAGUCAUUGUCGAUGUCACUCCAAACAUGUCGCUUCUGACUCCAAAUGCCACCCGAGCAUUGCCUGAACUCGAAUAUUACACCCUUGAUUACAAGAUCAUAGCGACGAUAUUCUACUUGAUCCUUGGCGCAGCUGCAAUCAUCGGCAACGCGAUGGUGAUCAUUGUCGUUCUAAGAGUGUCUCACAUGCGGACGCCGACAAACUGUUACCUGGUGAGCCUCGCUAUUGCCGAUUCCAUGGUCGGAGCCAUUACCAUCAUGAUGCAUUCCGUACCGGAGAAUCUGCUACCAAAGAAUGCAUUCAUCUACGGUGCCGCCGGCUGUCACUCCAUCAUCGCCCUCGAGUAUCUGGCUUUCAAUGUAUCGGCUUUGUCAAUCACUGCUUUCACUAUUGAACGGUACAUAGCUAUCUGCCAUCCGAUGAAGGCCCACAUCAUCUGCUCCGUGUCAAGGGCCACUAAGAUCAUCAUAACUCUCUGGGUAUUCGAAAUCAUUUACUGCUCACAGUGGUGCUUCUUACUCGAGUACAGAGAACAGGAGUACGUCGGUGGACAUAUCUUUGGGCGUUGCUGGUAUCACAUGGACAAAGUAGCCUACAUCAAUGGUGUUUAUUUAGUGGACUGUUUCUUAUAUUACAUCGUUCCGGUUGGUGUUUGCAUCCCUCUGUAUGCGAUCAUUGGGCGGGUUCUCUUCAGAAGUACUAUGACACAGAAUGGCAUAAGGAGGGGCUACGAGGUUGGUUCGAGGGAGAAGGAGAAUGGAAAUACGACACGGUUGCGUCUCAUGAGAUCGAACGAAGGCAGUAACGGAAGUAACUCACCAAGACGGUGUAAGGAUUCAGGAAGCACAGCUGUCUCCUCCAGAAAACAGGUUAUUAAGAUGCUGGUGAUAGUGGUUGCCCUGUUUGGUAUUCUUUGGGCACCUUAUCGUAUGCUAGUCGUCUUUAACUGGUUCAACACACCGGCCAAGCAGUACUACAACGAAUGGUUCCUCUUCUUCUGCCGCACCUGCCUCUACCUGAACAGUGUGGUAAACCCGAUCCUCUACAACUUCAUGUCCAUCAAGUUCCGACGGGCCUUCACCAAGCUCUGCACCUGCCGCGCUCUUGACCGCAAUCAGUUUACCUGGAUGUCUAACAACGACCCCGACAACACGGCCACCACUAGGGCGAUCCGAAUGAGCUCUACUACCAAUUUCGAGACAACUAGGAAACACUGCGGACACUACAACGCCAAUCCCAACACGUCGGCUAUCUAAACAAAACGGAACAACUUCUUCCAAGGUACGCCACCAGAUCAGGUUCCAUCUACUGCGCCUACCAGGUCCUGAUCGCGUUGCACGAUGAAUUCGGUGUCUGCGGUGUCGGGUUAACACCGUAUAAUCACAAGGGUUGCUUCCCAUGCAACCAGAUCUGUGAGUUCUUGCUGAGAAUAUUUCAAUAAAUUUCAGCGGCUCAGGUUUUGGACCGACAUGGAAAAGGGCGAUGAGCCUGAAGUUCGGCUUGCCCUUCAUGACGUGCAGCGAGUGGCCAGUAUCUAACCUUGACAUUAGUAGCCUUUGAAACGCUUUGCUCGGUAGAGACAGGAAGAAUAUACACGACAGGAAAGAUGAUACAUGUUUGCUUUUACAUGCUUUGCACACUGCACAGUAUUAUUCGUGGAAAACAUCAUGGUAGCCUACCGAAGCAUAAAGUUCAUCUCAUUCAAAAGAAGGGAUCAUCACUCCCUUGAACUUUUAGAGUUGGUAUCCUGUGCCAAGUAAAAGAAACUGUCCCAUUUCCAUAUUUAUAGAAAAAGGGCCGUCACCGAGUAAGAAGAAUCAUACGCAGAUAUAUGUGUCAUGUGUAAGGAGAGAUGUUAUUACAUUGCAAGUAUUUAAGUGGUGAUUGGCUGUUCACUGGUCACGUGAGCUUGCAUGAUGCUCAAAUCUCACUGGAUGAAUUAGUCCACACUGUUAAAUACCUGGUCCACCCCCCCCCCCAAAAAAAAAAGAAGAAGAUUCGUUGACCUAACAGGAAAGGUCAAACAAGCAUAGCAUUGAGAACUUAAUCGAGAUCGGUUCUAAAAUAAUUCAAUGCUGGAAAACAUUGUUUCAUUUCUUAUGAAGCAUGCAAAAUCAGAAUUUAUAUUAGUUUAUUGUAACCAAGGGGGAGCUUCUUUAUCAUAUAAUCUUAAAGCAAAUUUCGCUAGAGAUAUGCACAUUAUAUAAAAUGUACUAGUGAGGAAGGAUUGAAUAUCAAAUGCACAAUUGCUUACAGCCAAACAUUUAAAACAGUGUUCGAUACCUCAAGAAGCAUAAAGUCAAAAUUCAUUACAUUUUGUUGUGAUUAAGUGGGGAACUUCAUUAUUAUUAUCAAAUAUUUAAAAUCUGACAUAUUGGAUAUUACCUCUCAUGAAUUAAAAGAAAAGGAAAUCGUGAGUCCGUGGUAUCAUAUUUUCCCUAUACCUGUAUACCGCAAAGAAUGUGUAUAUAACUGUUUGUGAAGUUAAGCAAAAUAAAUAAAUAAAAUGCCAAGUUUUCCCGUUUUUCAUAUCGAAUAUGUUUGAUGGAUAAUAUUUCAAACGCAUACGCACUCUAUGGGGAAACUUAUAACUGAAGGGGACUUGACAUUAUCUAUAAAACAAUAUGUUUCUUAAAAAAACAUAAAACUUAAAACAAAUAGAACUUAAUUUAAUUACUCUUCUUAUUAAAGCGAAGAAUAAAUCUAAUUCUUUAUCUCUCCCCAUCCCCUCCCCCCUCAUUUUCCCAGAGUGACGGGAUUUAAGAAUGAUGAAUCCCUUCUUAAUUCAUAACUAAACCGACAUAAUCGAAUUUAGUGAUUUAAGCAGGGGUAUUACGCACCGGGCAAAUAUUAUUGAUCAUGUUGAUUGAUUUCAGAAGGUAUUUAUUUGUUUAAAAAGUGAAGUUCAAUGUAUUUAUGUUGCAUUCUUACCUCUUAAAAAGAUUUAAUAUGUUGCAAAUCUAUGAAAAUGUAUUUUCUGUAAAUCUGAUGCGAAUCUUGUACAUAAUAGUAUGUAAAGAAUCUUGCAAAUGUUGCAAAAUGUCUCUGUAAUACGCCGUCAAAUAAUUUGGAUGUGUUUGCUGAGUAGUCAGAUGAGAAUUGGCGUCUAAAACCGAUUAUGUUCUUUUCCAUUUUUUUCUUUCUUUCAGGGGGUCUUAAUAUAUUUCUCUAUAUGUUUUACAAUUACGUUAGCCUCUUCAAUUAUGUGUGUUGUCAUCAAUAUGUAUGUCUUUGUAAUAUCCAAUAUAUUUCGUGUAACCAGCAGAGAAGGUAAUAAUGUAUUUGAAAGAAUAAUGUCAGACAUGAGAUUGGGGAGGGGUAUUUUGUAGUAGGCCUGGAUUUCAAAGUAACAGUGAUUGAAAUUCGGGGAAAUGACUUAAUUUAAAGUUUUGAUAAAGACUUGAGGAUAUUACAUACAUUCAAUUAUUUAUUUUGAGAAUAUUACAAACAAAUAUCAUUAACAGAUCCUAUAGGUUCAGGCAGCCUAGGCAAUAAGAACAUUAUGGGUUACCGUCAUUGGAUACCAACAAAGUAGAUAAAUAACAGAAUAAGUUGGUGAAUAAAAGAAAAUAAAGAAAUGAAAUAAACAUUAAGGAUUCUUUGAAGUCUCAGGUUCUUAUGGAUUCUGGUAUCAUGAAAAUUAAUAUGUGACAGGGAAUAAACUGCCGUUUGGCUGGAAAAAACAAGACGUUUUCAUUGACUAACAUUGGGAAUUUACACCGUAGAGAAGACAACCAAUAUCUAAUAAAUGAAUGCAAAAACUCUAUCAACAGGAACAAAUGUAAGUUUGCUCAUCUAAGAAUAAAUCAAUCUUCAUAUUGACCACCACUCUUGUAAUCUAUCUAUAUAUAUGACGACGAAUAUCACUAUGCUGAUGACCACCACUUUGGACAUGUUGGACACUUACGCAGAAGACGACAUCUUGAUUGACCACGCAGCUCUUGACACUAUCACGCCGAAGAAAAACAAUUAUUCAAUUAUUGACUACUAGUUUUGGUAUUUACAACCAAUAACACAACUGUUCAUUCAUGUCAAUUGACUAUCAGUUCUUACAUUUUCACCCAAGGGCACAACUGUUUACUGAACUAUCAAUUCUGACAUUUACGUUUAAGAACGCAACUUUUCGAUUGACAAUCAGUUCUGACUUUACGCCAAAGUACACAAAUACUCAGUUGACUACAUCCAUGACACCUCUGACAUUUUUCGCCCAGUAACACAACUUUUCAAUUGACAACCAGUUCUGACUCUUACGCACAGGGACACAAGUAUUCAAAUGACUAUCAGUUCUGACAUUUUCGCCAAACAAUACGUCUGUUAUGCUUAUUGACUAUCACUUCUGACAAUUACGCAAAGGAACUGUCCAUACGGAUAUUUAUGGCCAAGAACACAACUAUUUCAUUUACUAUCAGUUCUGACACUUAUGUUUAGGAACACAGCUAUUCGAGUGAUAAUGAGUUCUGACAUUUACGCCCAAGAACACGACUACUGAAUUGAUUAUCAUUUGUAACAUGUACGACCAAGUACACAGUUUCGAUGUUCACGCAUAAAAAUACAACUAUUGGCUACCAGUUAUGACAUUUACCAAUGUAUACGCACAAUGACACAACUAUUGAAUAUGACUAUUAUUGCUAACACAGCUUUUUCGAUUGAAUACCAGUUUUGACAUGUUUGCCCAAGAACACAGCUCUGACAUUUACUCACAAGGAAACAACUAUUCGAUAGACUAUCAGUUCUACCAAUUACGCUAAAGAACGCACCUAUUCCAUUAAGUAUCAGCUCUAAAAUUUGAGCCCAAGAAUACAAAUAUUCCAUUGACUAUAAUUUCUUACAUUUACGCCCAAGAACAUAGCUAAUUAAAUGAUUAUUAGUUCUGAUAUUACGCUUAGGAACACAACUCCGCGAUUGACAAUCAGUUCUGACAUUUACGCCCAAGAACACAAUUGACUAUCAGUUCUGACAUUUACGCCCCAAAACACAAAUGACUAUCAGUUCUGACAUUUACGCCCCAAAACACAAAUGACUAUCAGUUCUGACAGUUACGCCCAAGAACACAAUUGACUAUCAGUUUUGACAUUUACGCCCCAAAACACAAAUGACUAUCAGUUCUGACAGUUACGCCCAAGAACACAAUUGACUAUCAGUUUUGACAUGUACGCCCAAGAACACAAUUGACUAUCCGUUCUGACAUUUAUGCCCAAGAACACAACAAUCAGUUCUGACAUUUACGCCCAAGAACACAACUGACUAUCAGUUUUGACAUUUACGCCCAAGAACACAAUUGACUAUCCGUUCUGACAUUUACGCCCGAGAAGACAACUGACUAUCAGUUCUGACGUUUACGCCCAAGAACACAAUUGACUAUCAGUUUUGACAUGUACGCCCAAGAACACAAUUGACUAUUAGAUUUGACAUUUAUGCCCAAGAACGCAAAUGACUAUGAGCUCUGACAUUUACAAAAAAGAAAAACAAUUAUUCAAUUGACAAACGGUCCAUCCAUUUACGCCCAAGAUUAGACGAAUAUCAGUUUGGACCUUUGUCCCAGAGACGAAUACUCUCUUGGUCAUUGCUUUGGACAUGGCAUCAAAUAAAUUCAUGAAUGCUGAAGAAGUCAUUUGCCAAAUUGACUACCACUGUUAACAUUAGAAUAUUGACUGCAAAGUAGAGGAUACUCAACUCACGUAUACGUGCAAAGUAGAGAAUACUCAACUCACGUAUACGUGAUUUGGCGUGAAGUUAUUAAGUUGAUAGUAUACUAUCAAGUUUGCAACUUCACGCCAAAUAAUUUGGAUUUUACGCCGAAGAAAACGAAUUAUGGUUGUGGUUUAAUUUUCAGUUACGAUUAAUGCUUGAUCGACCGAUCGAUUAUCAUUAAUGUUUAAUUCCAAUCGAUUCAAAAUCGACAAAACCUUUUACAUUAUCACCAAUAUCCAUGACUCGUGAGUAAUUCCGCCAAAGAAGGCGUGUUACCGAUCCGGACAGUUACGCUCAGCAAAAAAAAGUACCAAUGUGAUGACCACAAUCAUCUUAACAUCUAGGCCGAAAAGGACUACUAUA